UUCAAGCUCGGAGUAAUCUUUUCGAGCCAGUCUGUGGGCGACAGCUGUGGGAAUACUUUAGAUUUAUACGCGUAAAUAUUUCGUCGAGACCGGCCGUCAUCGCUAACAAGAAAAGGUAAAAGAUGCCGACAAAAGAGGAAACGCCAGAACCAGCAGGUCCUCCAAGGACCGAGCUGCAAGAAUUGCAACUGAAAGCCGGUCAAGUUACAGAUGAGUCCUUGGACAGUACCAGGAGGAUGCUUUCCCUCUGCGAGGAGAGCCACGAGGUGGGAAUGAAGUCACUAGUCAUGUUGGAUGAACAAGGGGAGCAACUGGAUCGCAUUGAAGAAGGAAUGGACCAAAUCAAUACUGAUAUGCGUGAAGCAGAAAAAAAUUUGACUGGCAUGGAGAAAUGCUGUGGGCUUUGUGUGUUACCUUGUAACAAGGGAGCUUCAUUCAAAGAAGAUGAAGGAACAUGGCGGGGAAACGAUGAUGGCAAAGUUGUGAACAACCAACCACAAAGAGUGAUGGAUGACCGAAAUGGACUUGGACCACAAGGGGGAUACAUUGCUAAAAUCACAAAUGAUGCCAGAGAAGAUGAAAUGGAAGAAAACAUGUCACAAGUGAAUACAAUGAUUGGUAACCUUCGCAAUAUGGCUAUUGACAUGGGCUCAGAAUUAGAAAACCAGAAUCGACAAAUAGAUAGGAUUAACCGUAAGGGUGAAUCCAAUGCAACAAGGAUAGCUGUGGCGAACCAACGUGCUCAUGACCUUCUCAAAUAAAUUAGAUAUUACAAAUCCUC